CUGCGCCCUUAAUGGACAUCUCAACUGCCACUCACUGAGAAGAUCCGCCUCCUGACUUGAACUAUGAAUAGUAAAGUUUUCAUCUGAGCUCACACCAGCACAGACAGGAGAGAUAAGCUGGUUAAAACUCCAGGUCUUGGUGAGGUUCUGAGAGGACAGGAAGUUUAUUUCUGCACGGCGUUUUCCUCUGAGGUUCUGGAGAACAUGGCCUCUCAGUGAAGUGAGGAGGAUGUGUGACCUUUGAGGGAAAUGAAUAUUAACAGAUUUCUCUCCUAGUUUUGAUGGGCGGACAUUUAUGAGUCGCUAUGGGAGACUGGAACUUGCUGGGGAAGCUGCUGGAGAAUGCCCAGGAGCACUCCACCGUGGUGGGUAAGGUGUGGCUCACGGUGCUGUUCAUCUUCCGCAUUCUGGUUCUGGGAACAGCCGCGGAGAAGGUGUGGGGGGACGAGCAGUCCGGCUUCACGUGUGACACCAAGCAGCCCGGUUGUCAGAACGUCUGCUACGACAAGACCUUCCCCAUCUCUCACAUCCGCUUCUGGGUGAUGCAGAUCAUCUUCGUCUCCACGCCCACACUCAUUUAUCUGGGCCACAUCCUUCACCUGGUCCGCAUGGAGGAAAAGGAGAAGCAGAAGCUCAAGGAGCUCGCCAUCCAGAGUGAAAACCAGCAGCAGCUGCAGAACAAGACAGCCAAGAAGGCCUCUAUUAAAGACAAUCAGGGUCACGUCCGCUUGCAAGGCGCACUGCUGCGAACAUAUGUCUUCAACAUUAUUUUUAAGACUCUGUUUGAAGUGGCUUUUAUAGUAGCUCAGUACUUCCUGUAUGGGUUUGAACUGAAGCCAAUGUACACCUGUGACCGCUGGCCGUGCCCCAACAUGGUGAACUGCUACAUCUCCAGACCCACGGAGAAGACGGUCUUCAUUAUUUUCAUGCUGGGGGUGGCCUGCGUCUCUCUGCUGCUCAAUCUGGUGGAAAUGUAUCAUCUGGGCUUCACAAAGUGUCACCAGGGUCUUCGCUACAGACGGUCCCGGGAUACAAGGGCAGCUCCCAAAUCCCUAAACGAGGCAGUCCCACCUUUUGCUCCAAGCUACACCUACCUUACCAGCCACACGCCGUCACACGAGCAGUUCCCCUCAGAGCCAAACUCCGCCUACAACCCUUACAGCAGCAAAGCUGUCCACAAGCAGAACAGAGACAACCUGGCUGUGGAGAGGAAGGGCAGAGCUGAGGGAGAGGAUUCAGACAAGACCAAGUGCUCCAGCCCCGCCUCUGAGGCUCCUGCUGAAAACCAGCGUAGAAACAGUCAGUCCAGCAAGCACAGCAACAACAAAAGCAGGCUGGAUGACCUGAAGAUCUGAGGACUUUGUCUAAGGUCCAACUUUAGCACUGUGAAAAAUGUGUGUAGAAAUGAAAACCAGCUGUAAUAGCCAUCACAUUUUAGCUCAACAAGUGCCUGCUGGAGUUUCUGGGAUUGUGGCUGUUUGUGGGAGGUCUGUAAAAUGGGCAUCAGUAUUUUAAAAAACGAGCAUUCAGCUACUCAUCUGGUAAAAUCAUGCCUCAAAUCUCGACAAAACUAAGUUAAGUCUUGGUUAGCAUUUCUUCAAGUAAUCAAGAAAAGUUUUAUUCUAACUCAGAUUCCUAGAAAUCAGAAAAUCCCCCAAAAGAUGGAGAUGAUAAAAGUGACUACAUCAGUAUUCUUUCCCAAGAGCAGAUCAGGAUUAUCAAACCCAAUUACUGUCACAUUGAAAUUAGUGUAAGUUUUUUUUUUUAUUGCAAAACCUUUAAAAACACUCUGUAACAUGUGCACAGUAAAAUUCCUAAGAGCUGAAUAAUUGAUGGAGGGUGACUUAAAAUAUUCAAUCAGGGCUAAUUAGAAAUGCCAAACAGCCAUAAGCAACACUGAUGUUUUUACCGCCAGCAACUGAUUUUAAGAGAAAACAUGGAUUCUUAACAGUUAUCAGAUCUGGAUUUAAUAUAAAUAAGAGUCCAGGAUCUGGAUUAUGAAGUUCUGAAUUACCGCAAACCCAAUACUGCUUUUGAACAUCUCUCAUUGGACCAUUUUUUAAAAUGUAAAUCCUCCUGGAGCAGCAAGUUGAGUUGCAUUUUCUGCAGAAGGCGGGAUUUCAAGUCCCACUACGACCAUCUUUUGAUCCAUUUUAAAAGUGCCCUGUUAAUCAUGAUCCACAAUUUUUUUUAAAGUGUUGUUUCUACAGCAUAGUUUCUUACAGUAGUUCAUUAGAAAGUCAUCUCAUAGUUGUGGGGGGGGGCUGUUGAGACGGAGAAACCCCGCCCCUUUUCCCAAAGCAUCAAAACAGGGAGCAUAUGCGUAUUUUCUAUGUUACAAAUAAUAUAUCUGCUCUUGAUGCACAAUAAUUUAAACAACAAAAUACUCAAGUGUAAUGUUAUUUAUGUGUUCUCCAUCUUGAGAAAAAUGUCACAAGAACAUGUUAAAAACCCCUAAAUCACCACUUUCAAACUGAUUUUCUGUGAGUUUGCAUCACUUUUGACGGCGAUCGAUAUGGAAAGCACUUUGUCUCAAUAUCUUAAAUUGUUCUAAUGUUUACUGAGUCAACUCAGACUUUUUAUUUCCCUUCACUCAUGAUCUUAUCUGGCUAUUUGGAUGCAAAUGAGAUUGCUUGAAAUGUUUAUUUAUGUUGUUUACAAAGUGCUGAUGGAUAAUCGUGAGUAGAUGAACGGUUUUGCAUGUCAAUUAAAAAAGAAAAGUAAUUUGUCUGUGAAAUGUAAAAGUAAAAAAGAGUUUUCGACACUUUCGAAAAUGUACUCUGAUUGAUCUGUUGUGGGAUUGUUAAUAAACUAAUGAGAAUACUACGUUAUGUACAUAAAUUAGUGUUCUCAUUUGCUGGAGGCAACAAUUCAUAAAUCCUUUUGAAAAAAAUGGUCCGAAUUUCAAUGUGAGGACGACAUCCUCCAACUGAAACCACUAAAGUUGUGAUGUCAAAUACUCUGAGUUCACAGCUACCACACACUGUGUUCUGUUGUAUUUUCAACAGUUUGAAUAAAUAUUGUGGGAUGAUGAUGAUUUUUUUUUUCUCUUGAAUAUUUACUUUUGCAUUAAAGUUUCGUGGGUCAUGUGGGACCUGCCGGGAGUAAAACUGAUCAAUAAGCUAUAUGGACAAUUCCCUUUCACAUUUUCAGACUAUAAAUCGCACUGGAGUAUUAGGCCCAAUCCGAAUUCUUCCCCCUCAAUUUGAAGGGCAUUUUCAGUGCAAUUGGUGUCUGGAAUACUUUGUUUUAUCCAUAACAAGUCCACAAAACUCUUUAUGUCACUUUAAAUCACUAGAUCCAUUCAUUCUUAAUCAUCUGUGUCACUUUUGAACAACUCCAUCUUACCCAGCGUAAUACUGAGCGGCGCUUCUUCUUCUGUGUUGCUGUCAGUAUUUGCUACAGUGCCCUCUAGUGGUUGCUAGAGGUUAAGAUAUACGAUAAUGAACACACAAGCCUUCGUUUUUCAUAUAGUCACACCUAAGUAUAAGUCG